AUGUUUGGAAAGAAAAAGAAAAAGAUUGAAAUAUCUGGCCCAUCCAACUUUGAACACAGGGUUCAUACUGGGUUUGAUCCACAAGAACAGAAAUUUACCGGCCUUCCCCAGCAGUGGCACAGCCUGUUAGCAGACACGGCCAACAGGCCGAAGCCCAUGGUAGACCCUUCGUGCAUCACUCCCAUCCAGCUGGCGCCCAUGAAGACAAUCGUUAGAGGAAACAAACCCUGCAAGGAAACCUCCAUCAAUGGCCUUCUGGAGGAUUUUGACAACAUCUCCGUGACCCGCUCCAACUCCUUAAGGAAGGAAAGCCCGCCCACCCCAGACCAGGGAGCCUCCAGCCAUGGUCAAGGCCAUCGGGAAGAAAAUGGAUUCCUCACCUUCUCACAGUAUUCCAGCGAAUCUGAUACCACUGCUGACUAUGCGACGGAAAAGUACAAAGAAAAGAGUCUCUAUGGAGAUGAUUUGGACCCGUUUUAUAAAGGCAGCCACUCGGCCAAGCAAAAUGGGCACAUAAUGAAAAUGCAACAUGGGGAAGCCUACUAUUCUGAGAUGAAGCCUUUGCAAUCCAACAGAGCCAGGUUUCCUGUUGAUUAUCACACACACUUGGACUCACUGAGCAAACCCAGUGAGUACAGUGACCUCAAGUGGGGGUACCAGCGAGCCUCAAGCAGCUCCCCUCUGGAUUAUCCAUUCCAAUUCACGCCUUCUAGAACUGCAGGGACCAGUGGGUGCUCUAAGGAAAGCCUGGCGUACAGUGAAAGUGAGUGGGGACCCAGCCUGGAGGACUAUGACAGGAGGCCAAAGUCAUCAUACCUGAGUCAGACAAGCCCUCAGCCCGCCAUGAGGCAGAGGUCACGGUCAGGCUCUGGGCUCCAGGAACCCAUGAUGCCCUUCGGAGCAAGUGCAUUUAAAACCCACCCUCAAGGACACUCCUACAGCUCCUACACCUACCCUCGCUUGUCCGAGCCCACAAUGUGCAUUCCAAAGGUGGAUUAUGAUCGAGCACAGGUGGUCCUCAGCCCUCCACUGUCAGGAUCUGACACCUACCCCAGGGGCCCUGCCAAACUACCUCAAAGUCAAAGCAAAGCAAGCUAUUCCUCAAGCAGCCACCAGUACCCAUCUGGAUACCACACAGCCACCCUGUACCACCACCCCUCUCUGCAGACCAGUUCGCAGUACAUCUCCACAGCUUCUUACCUGAGCUCUCUCAGCAUCUCUUCUAGCACCUAUCCCCCACCCAGCUGGGGCUCCUCCUCAGACCAGCAGCCCUCCAGGGUGUCCCACGAACAGUUCCGGGCAGCCCUGCAGCUGGUGGUCAGCCCAGGAGACCCCAGAGAAUAUUUGGACAACUUUAUCAAAAUCGGGGAAGGGUCAACCGGCAUUGUGUGCAUCGCCACCGAGAAACACACGGGGAAGCAAGUCGCCGUGAAGAAAAUGGACCUCCGAAAGCAACAGAGACGAGAGCUGCUUUUUAAUGAGGUUGUUAUAAUGCGGGAUUAUCACCAUGACAAUGUGGUUGACAUGUACAACAGCUACCUUGUCAAUGAUGAGCUCUGGGUUGUCAUGGAAUUUCUGGAAGGUGGUGCCUUGACAGACAUCGUUACUCAUACCAGAAUGAAUGAAGAACAAAUAGCUACCGUCUGUCUGUCGGUUCUGAGGGCUCUCUCCUACCUGCACAACCAAGGAGUGAUUCACAGGGACAUAAAGAGUGACUCCAUCCUGCUGACAAGUGAUGGUCGGAUAAAGUUGUCUGACUUUGGUUUCUGUGCUCAAGUUUCCAAAGAGGUGCCAAAGAGGAAAUCACUGGUUGGCACGCCCUACUGGAUGGCACCUGAGGUGAUUUCUAGGCUGCCUUAUGGGACAGAGGUGGACAUCUGGUCUCUCGGGAUCAUGGUGAUAGAGAUGAUAGACGGCGAGCCCCCCUACUUCAAUGAGCCUCCCCUCCAGGCCAUGCGGCGGAUCCGGGACAGUUUACCUCCAAGAGUGAAGGACCUGCACAAGGUUUCUUCAGUGCUCCGGGGAUUCCUAGACCUGAUGUUGGUGAGGGAACCCUCUCAAAGAGCUACAGCCCAGGAACUCCUCGGACAUCCAUUCCUGAAAUUGGCAGGUCCACCAUCUUGCAUUGUUCCCCUCAUGAGACAAUACAGGCAUCACUGA